CCUGAAGCUCGUCGCGGGGUUGGACAAUCUUUCCUUUCGACAGCUAUCUUGCGUCGGGACAUCUGUGCCGCUAGGAGAUAAGCCACGCCAGGCUCUCAUGUUCAUCUCACUCGUCACAGUCGAUAUCACCAGAUGCUCCAACUUCAACUAACAGGGACGAUCUUAUAUUGAGGUAAUGUCCGCGGCUCAUCUGUCACACGAUACACCACGGACUCGGUAGAAAGCGACCACUCUAGCUGGAAUCGGAAUCAGCAUCAAUAAUCAAAACGUCGUCAAAAUGUCUCAGACCAAUUCUGAAAAGAGCGAUGCUAUAACACCGGCGCCGGCCCGGAGCAGCGGAAGCAUUGACGCGGGAAAGCUCGAGAAUGCCGAGGAUGCUUUUGAAGUCUUCAAGCGCGGCGAAGGGACGGUCGACUUCCGUACCGUGGGUUGGAUCCACGCCUCAGUAAUCUUCUUGAAGGUUAUUUUCGCAACCGGUGUUCUCACAAUUCCUUCAGCGAUGUUCGUGUUGGGUGCCCUGCCCGGAGCUAUCAAUGUUCUCGGCUGGCAGUUUCUAAACACGUAUUGCGCCAUUAUCCAGGGUAAUUUCCGUAACGCACAUGCUGGAUGUCAUUCUAUCGCGGAUAUGGCCAACGUCGUUGGCGGCGUUUGGCUCAAGGAAGUCGUCGGAGUCCUGUUCCUCGUCACCUAUGCAAUCGUCGGCGCAUCGGGCAUUUUUGGCACAUCAGUUGCCUUCAAUGCGCUCUCGAAUCACGCCAUCUGCACCAACUAUUUUAUGUUGGUGGCCACUGCCUGUGUCUUUAUUCUCGCAAGUGCUCGAAAAUUCGAAAAGAUUGCGUGGUUGACAUGGGCUGGGUUCUUGUCAGUGUAUAUCGCCGUUUUUAUCGUGGUUGUUGCUGUCACGCAGGUCGACAGGCCUGCCGCUGCCCCAAAGACCGGCGAUUUCGACCUCGGAUACCAUGUCAUCGGAAACCCUAAUUUCGUGACCGCAAUCACCAGUGUUGCAACUAUCUUCUGCUCUGGUGCAGGAACAUCGGCGUUCCUCCCCGUGAUCUCGGAAAUGAAGAAGCCUAAGGACUACAACAAAGCUGUGUACCUUUGCAUGGGUAUUGUCACAGCGUCCUACUUGACCUUCUCACUUGUGGUCUAUCGCUGGUGCGGCCAGUGGGUUGCCUCUCCCUCACUGGGUAGUGCUGGAGAGACCGUCAAAAAAGUCUCGUACGGUAUCGGCUUGAUCGGCCUGAUGGUCAGCGCCUGCCUCUACAUUCAUGUCGCCGCCAAGUACUUGUUCGUCAGAAUCUUGCGAAAUUCUGUUCAUUUGCAGAAGAACUCGGUCGUUCACUGGUCUGUUUGGCUUGCGUGCACCCUCGGAAUGUCCGUGGUCUCAUUCCUCUUGGCAUCUGGAAUUCCCAUCUUCAACUAUCUGUUGGCGCUAGCAGGAAGUUUGACUUUUGCACCUCUAGCACUCGGUCUGCCUGGUUACUUGUGGAUCUUCGACCACCAGCAUUACAGACAGGGAAACUGGUGGCAAGUCAUGGUAUACUGGCUGAACUGGCUCAUGAUUCUUCUGGCCGUUUUCCUGACGAUCGGUGGUACUUAUGGUGUCGUUCAAAACAUUAUUGACGCCUAUGCCGACGGCUUGAUUGGAGGUGCAUUCUCAUGUGUUGACAACAGCGGCUCGUCAUGA